CGAGCACACUAGCACAGGACUCGAAGCAGUUACACAUCGCGUCGGAUGACAGCGCAGUCGGAGGUCACACGUUAUAUAAAAGAGGGCGCGAGUCCCCGCCGGCCAGUCCGUUAUAUUCUUCAUGUGAUUACUGAUCUUUAAUAACUCCUACCAAAGUAAUUGCCAUACAUUUGUAUUGAUAACGACACUGUUACAUUGAUUACAUAUCAACCUUUGUAAACAUUCAUUUAUUAAAAUUAACUCAUUAAAUAAAUAAUAGGCUGGGAAAUAACAACAGAUCGGCACUGAGGAUUAUGUUCGCGCUGGGGAUUCUAGUAGCAGUGACAUCCACCGUCAGUGCUCUGCACGUCACAGAUGUGGAGUACUACGAUCUACCGAGGCUGUUCCACCUGGACGACUGGGAGGAGUGCGCAGCGAGGCGGGGGAGGUACUGCCUCGGGACCUUCGACCUCAUGCCGCAUCAGAAUGAGCGGCUCUACAGCGUCAUACAGCACCUGUCCGCUGACAGGUACCGGUUCAACCACACGCGCAUCCACCGAGGACUGUGCUUACCUUCGUCAUGUGCUCACGUUCGCGACCCGUCUCCAAGAGCACACUUCAGCGCAUGCGUGAACCACAUGACAAGAGACCAAUACGGCCUGGAAACUAACCUGACGGAGCUGCAGUACUGUAGGAUAGCUGGAAACACGCAGCCAGUGGACCGAUGGGACCUCACCUUCCUGUACGUGACAGGUUUGCUCCUGCUCGCCAACAUUGUGGGCACGACAUACCAUCUGAUGGCAAGCAAGGAUGGCACGUUGAUCAAGCAGCUUGUGGCGUGGUCAGUGGUGGACAACUGGAGACGGUUGACGGUAAACCACAGCAAUGGGGGGGAUGCCAGACUGUCGGCUUUGAAGCCUCUACAGGGGAUGAAAGCGCUGACGCUGGUGCUGGUGGUGAUGGCUCACUCGGUGCUCGCCUACCACCUCACAUACCUCUACAACCCGCGGUUUUUCGAACAAAGUAGUCAUCACAUCCUGUCAGCUUACAUGCAGAAUGGGACAUCCAUAGUGCAGACCUUCAUCAUGGUGUCCAGUUUCUUGCUGGCAUACAACCUGCUCCUCCACGCCGCUGAUAACCCCAAGAAGCAGCUCUCCUUGAAGAUGUUCCCACGAUGCUUGCUGCAUAGGAUUGCCAGGAUAUGUCCUUUGUACAUGUUCGUGUUGGGUUUGGCUACUACCUGGUGGACGCGCGGUGGUGACGGGCCCCUGUGGAGCCCGAUGGUGGAAGACGAGGCAGCCCGCUGCAGAGACAAGUGGUGGGUCCAAGUGCUGUUUGCCAACAACUUUAUAAAGCCCGACGACAGGUGUCUCAUACACACGUGGUUUCUCGCCGUGGAUAUGCAACUAUACAUCGUCUGCGCAGUGUUGACCCUAUUGCUGGGCAGGUGGCCGCGAGUGGCAGUCAAGAUCCUGACUGUCUGUAUUUUCGGGUCAAUGUUGAUGAACUUCGCGAUCAUAUACAACUGGCAACUGAAACCAAUGGUACAGCUUAUGAUACCGGAGUUAAUGAGGACACAAUUCCCUGGAGAGCGUUCGUUUACAUGGCUGUACUCCGCACCCUGGGACAGUUUACCUUCAGCGCUGAUUGGUCUACUGGCAGCCUUCUUGUACCAUUGUCACCAGGAAGACGGAUACCAACCAGCUCAGAGUAGGUGCUUAAGAAUAUUAUAUCGUCUAUCCGUCCCAUGUAUGUUUCUGUGGGUCCUUGGAGGCUACUGGAUGAAGGAUGUCACCCGGCCCUUGGUAGUAGCUCUGUACGCGACCGUAGACAGGCCUGUCUUCAUGGCGCUAACUGCCUUUGCAAUGUACGGGUUCAUCAAUAAAAUUGAUAGUGUCUGGUGGAAGUUCCUAUCGUGGCGCGGCUGGGAGCUGCUGGGACGCAUGUCUCUGUCCAUCUACCUCACCCACUGGCUCAUCUCCCUCACACUACUGGCGCAGCGCACCAACACUAACCGAGCUGCUGUCUUUGAUAUUGGGUGCCACUGGCUGGGUACAAUAUUCCUGAGCUACUGUGCAGCAUUACCUCUGCAUUUACUCGUUGAAUUGCCAGCUAUGAGGUUCCUACAAUCCUUGGCCAUGUAAACUGCAAAAAGUAAACCGUUAGGAUGAUUAUUUUAACUUACUUCUAAAUAGGUGUUAGGUACUGUAAACUACCUAUUAGGUCAUCUCAUCUGUGAUAUUAUUGUUUUCUUUAUAUUUAUUUAAAAUUCUCUAAAUUUACAUUUUUAAAUAGUAUACAUACAAAAUAAAAUAUUAUUUAAAAAUAUAAAAAUAGGAGCCGACCAGUAGCGGGAGCAUGGUCCAAGCCACCGGUGGUUAGGGCUCCAGAGACAGAAACCUCCUCACAAUACGUGCCGUUUCGAGGAGUACUGCCUUCUGCAUCAGGCCCUUGAUCCAUCCGCCCAACCCCAGCCUCCUAAGGUGGUUGUCAAGGCUGUUGGGUAUUAAUCCGUUGGCCGACACGACUAUCGGCACAACGAUAGCCGAAUCCACAUUCCACAUGUCGACAACCUCGUGAGCCAAGUCAAGAUAUUUUAUUUGUUUAUCUUUUUCAGCUUUCACGAGGUUCUCGUCAUGAGGGAUGGUGAUAUCGAUUAUCAUCGUGCGGCGCGCUUGUCGGUCUAUCACCACUAUAUCAGGUUUAUUGGCUACAAUAGUCCUGUCAGUGAUGAUAGAUCGAUCCCAGUACAACGUGAUAUGGCCGUUUUCGAGAACUGGAUCGGGCGCAUACUU